AUGUAUGAAGCUUUAGCUAGUGUGACCACUAACAUCGAGGACACCCUCUAUAUCAUGCUGGAUGACAUCAGGGUUGUUGAAGCUCAAAAAAUUGCCAACAGUGGAGUGGCAUACAUGUUCAACUCGGAUGAUGCAGCCACAUGGCUCCACACACCUGGAGCACUAGAGAACAUACAGAGAGCAGCAGGUGAUGAGACAUCAGCAAGUCUACAGCUCAACAAUGUCAUCAUCCCAUUUGCACUGACUACCAUUGACAUUGAGGACAAUGCGACAUGGCAUAGCAUCGAGAAUAGCAGUGGGCUGACAACAGACAAUGAGAAGCACAUCUCAUAUUAG